AUGCAUCUCAAUUGGUUGUUGAUCACUUGCUUGAUUGUUCUAUUGUCCAUCGGUUUGACAACAAGAACAGUCGAUGCCAGCAAGAAAUCAAAAGAAGAAAAAGAAGAAGAAGAGUCAAGCUCAACAGAUACUGAUACCGAUACUGAUACCGACACUGACAGCGACGACGACGAUGAUGAUGAUGAUGAUGAUGACAAAAAAGGCAAUACGGAAGAAGAAAUGGAAGAAUAUACUGAAAUCUUUGAACAUAUUGAAGAAUAUCGAGCAGAUUCAAAGAAAUCAUCAACAAAAACUACAGCUAAGAAGCAACAAAAAUCAUCAUCAGAUAGUGAUGAUGAUGAUGAUGACAAUACUAGUGAUAGUGAUAGUAAUAGUGAUGACACUGAUGAUGAUUCAACAGAUACAACUACAUCAGAUGGUGAAAGUGAUUCAAGUAGUGAAGAUGAAGAUGAACCACCAGCUAAAACGAAAAAAUCACAAUCUUCUUCGACAAAACCUGAAAAGCAGUCAACAACUAGUUCAACACAUAAGCAUUAA